AUGCUAAACUGCAGCAAUGGCGAUGAUAUCUGCAGCUCCGCUGAAUUUGCGGAUCGAUCGGUGCAGCGUUGCGCCCACAAUUCAAAGCAGGUUGCAAUUGAUCGGUGCCAGCAAAAGUCUCAGCCAUCCAGAAGAUCUAGCUUGUUUGCUUCCAUCGCUGGCGAGUGGUGGCUGGCACCUUUGAUUUUGGAGUUCAUGGAUCUGAAAAGUUUGAUCAUUAUGGAGACCACGGGGCUGUUCUGCAAUGACAGGCGCCCAUUGCUGCACUCUUUACGAAUGAUGGCCAAGAAGCUGGGCGCCGUCUGCUACGAGACACAGGCUGUGCUCGGCGAAAGCUGCGAGCCGAAGCUGGAAGUGCUGCGAUGGUCGACGAGCCGAGGAACCUUUGCCCCUUUCGCGCUGACGGACGGACCCAAUGGGCGUUUGAAAUUCAUUCCGCAGAAGCUCCCGACAAAACUUCAGACACAGCCGUGCAGCAGCGAGCCACCACAUGGCUUUCGAGUCGCUCCUCAGCUCCCAAGAGCAGCCCAGCCCGUUGUUCCGCUGGUCUAUGGAACUUUGAAAGGCUGGCCCCUGUAUGCCGAGUUCUUGUUUGCUUGGGAGGAACAUGGCAAUGGAGAGGCUUGUCAACUGGGCGUUUCCGUAGGAGGAUCACAAGAGGUGCAGCUGAAGUUUUCGCCAAGUGCAGGAGCGAUUUUUCAGCAUCGACCAGAAGGUAGCUUCCGCACGUGGCCAAUGGACGAUCUCUGGGUGGAUGCCUAUCAGCCGCGCACCCAAACCUUCUUGGAAGCUGGCGUGCACAUAGGUGUCGAAGGAAAGAUUACCUUCUAUCGCAAAGGACCUUAUACACAUGAAGACAAAGGUGGCGACGCAAGACAGCUAGUGUGGGAAGUUGCCGGCGGGUUUGAAUGUGCGUUUCCGGGUGCUUCCCAGCAAUUUCACAUCGUGCUUUGUGUGUUAGAUGAUCAAACGCCAUUGGAGGCAAAGAUCUUGAGGGUUGGCACCGAGCCUCCCGUGCCCCCAGUGCCAGCACGGCAAGCUUGGAUCCCGGAACCUCACGUCCAAUAA